GCAGAAAGGGGAUCUCCGAUUCGCACCUCCACCACCUGCCGCGCCGGCCGGCGAGCCUCUUCCUCUUCCUCCGGUCGCUCCCCUUCCCAUCUCCAUCUUGAUUUCGAUUCUCUGGUGGCUGGGAAAGCCUGCGAGAGCGCGAUAACCGGAAAGAUCUGAGCUGCUGCAACCGAUCUCCGGCGCCAUGGGGUUCCUCGAGGACUUCCAAGCCACGGCGGAGCCAGGCCAAAAUCGAAGCUUGGGUACCGCUGGUGGGAGGGGAAGUAUGAUGGCGCUGGCGCCUUUCGGAGCAGAGUCACUGGCGGCGCCGCUGUUGCUGCUGCUGUGCGACGCCUCCAAGCGCCACAGGUUGCCUCUGGCCACCACCGAGCUCUCCACACCGCUUGUCCUGUUGUCGUAUGUUGCCAACAGGUUCAUGCUCCCUUUCGCCCGCGCCAACCUACCGGAGGCGUCAAGGGUGUUGUCGCUGCCUUUGGCCCCCGCCCUGCUGACCGCAGCCGACGCUCUGAUCGCCGGUCUCCCGCUAUUCUUCUAUGUGUUGCGCCAGCGCUGAUUUAGCGAGCCACCGCCGGAGUAGGUGUCGUUGAUGUGGAGCAGUGUUUUCAAGUCGAACGACUUGCUGGUCGUUCUAGCUGACCGACUUGGAUGAUUAAUUGCGAUUAGCCACGAUUAGUCGGACGGCUUGGCGAUUAAUCGUGAUUGGUCCAAACCAACUUGGACGAUUAAUCGUGACUAAUUGGACGACUUAAAACAUUGAUGUGGAGGUGGCGGAAGACGUCGCCCACUACUGCAGCCCAGGCGUCCCCCGGCGCCGAGCACGGCGGUGGCCACGCCGGAGAGCAUAGAGCUGCUGCUUCGGCGCAGGUGGAGGGAGCGGGAUGGGGCGGAGGUGAAAGCCGUGCGACAUUGAGACGAUGUCGGCUGCCUUUGUGGCGUUCUAUGCUGGCGAUACUAUGGCCUGGCGUACAUAGACUGCUUGCUGUUGCACUUUCUGCCAGAGUUCUUGGUGCGCUAGAGCUCAGUUCGCCAGAAAGGAACUGGAGGCCAUGUUUGAGCUCACCGGCAGAGCCAAGCCCAGGCAUGCUGGGCCCUGGCUCAGCCGAUGCAAUUUCUCUUGUUGGAACUGCAGUGGUGUCUAUUUUUACUUGGCAACUUGUACAACCAUUAGCUUUCCUUGAUGAGAAUUGCUGUGCGGACGCUAAGGAACAAGCGUUUCUUUGCUGUUAAAUGUGAAGUUGUUAGUUUUGAUUAACUAUGUCAACCAUGUAACCCUUUUACUUGUAUUCAAUUCUACUUUUGUUUGGACAUACUUCCAUAUAUCCAUGCACCUAUUGAUAAAUUGCAAUGCGGAAUGGUUGGACCAUUGGUAGUAGGGUAGUAUUGUUUUGCAAGCGAACACUAUAAUGACCUUAUUUUAAAUCUUAGCAUUUUGUUUUUUUUAUUUGGCUUGCCCUGUCAGUGGUAACAUUAUCAAUAUGUGCAAAUUUAUUCGUUGAUAUCAUAUGUACACACAUUACUUCAUUUGAUUACUCUCAGGUGUUGAAGCAUUGCCAUCUAUGCUGCAUCGGAACUAUUCAUUAAUGCGAGAGUUGGAUAAAAGUUUGCAUGGUGUGCAACUAGAAAAUGAGCAGCGCUGUCAACAAGAAAUAGAGGACAUUAAGCAUGGACUUGAAUCUGGAAGUAUUACAUAUGACCCAGCAAAAUUGAAAUUUUCCGAAGAAGCAAUGGAGGAGCAGAAACAUUGUGUUAGAAUUGCUGACGAGAAGGUGGCUUUAGCCACUCAGACUUAUGACUUAGUUGAUGCUCACAUCCAACAGCUAGAUCAGUUUAUGAGGAAGCUUGAAGAAAUCCGGCAAGGAAAAGAGGCAGCUGCUGCUGUUACUGCAGGGACUGCUGUUGCUACUACUGCCACUCCAACCGUGAAUGCUGGAGCGACAACUGCUGAUGCUAAUCCGAAGAGUGGACGAUCUGGCGAAAGAGGCAGAGGGGGUCGGAAGAAGGCCAAGGUACCCACGGAGCAGUCAGUGCCAGUGCCAGUGCCACUGCCACCUAUUGACUUAGAGUUGCCUGUGGAUCCUAACGAACCGACAUACUGCCUCUGCAACCAAGUCAGCUAUGGUGAGAUGGUGGCAUGCGACAAUCCUAAUGUAUGUGACAUGCCCUUUGUUUACUCCAGUUUUGACAAGUUCCAUUUUUCAUGCCCGUGCUUUGGCUGUAUAUCACUUUCGUAUCCAUUUGGCAGUGCAAAAUCGAGUGGUAUCACUAUGGCUGUGUGGGCGUCAAGGAGCAACCCAAGGGAAAGUGGUAUUGCCCAAACUGCAUCGGAUUCCAGAAGAAGCGAAAAGGCAAGUGAUAUGCAGUCCACAGGCUGCUGUGCUAGUGUGUCCUUGCUUGUUAAUUGUGUUGCUGAUGUUGGGUAACAAAUGUAGUAGUAGUUGCUGCCUGUGACAGUGCAUACCGUUGUAGAUCCAGUGUUCUGUACAUGUUACUCCUCCUUCGGUGCUCGUAGUUUAGGGCCAUCAACCAUUUGUUAACUUCAUGGCCUUUUUGGCGAUUCAUGCCCCUUGUAUGGGUUUCGCAAUAUCAUGUCUCCUUUUCCUGGUAUCACAAUAUUAUGCAAUACAGCCGGUUUGUAACUUUUCCCUCUUUGAAAAAAGAAUAUCUAAUUAGAAUUCCUAAAA